AUGUUGCGGCAGCUCCACGAUGACAUGAUGAUACGCGUCAAGGACAAUGGAGUCAUCUCAGAGGCAUUCGCAGUGAGCAACGGCGUGAAGCAGGGCUGCGUCCUCGCGCAUACCCUUUUCAGUCUCAUGCUUACUGCCAUGCGGAUGGAGGCCUACCGUGACGGACAUCCUGGGAUCCGCAUCGCCUACAGGACGGACGGCCAACUCCUCAAUCAGCGACAGAUGCACUUUCAGUCACGUGUAUCCACAACUGCCGUCCAUGAACUUCUCUUCACCGACAACUGCGCCCUCAAUACCACUUCGGAAGAGGACGUGCAAAGGGGCAUGGGCAUCUUCGCCGCCGCCGCCGCCGCCGCCUGCGACAACCUCGGCCUGUCCAUCAACAUGACGAAGAGGGUGGUCAUACAUCAACCACAACCCGACGCUGCCUACAACGCACCCCAAAUCAACGUGAACGGCGCCCAGCUGCAAGUGGUGGAUAACUUCACCUAUUUGGGCAGCCCCAUCUCCCUCGUCCCCAAGAUCUACCAUGAAGUAAUCCACCGGAGCUCCAAAGCCAGUCAAGCCUUCGACCGAUUGCAAAGCACAGUUUGGAAUCGUCACGGUCUCCGUCUCAGCAUCAAACUGAUGAUGUACAGGGCGGUCAUCCUGCCGACACUGCUGUAUGGAGCGGAAACCUGGACGGUCUACAAGCAGGCGCGGAGACUCAAUCACACCCAACUUAACUGUCUUCGACGGAUACUGAAGCUUAGGUGGCAGAACCGGAUCCCCGACACUGACGUACCGGAGCGGACGGCAAUCCACAGCAUCUACGCCAUGCUGAGACAACUUCAGUUGCGUUGGAGCGGCCAACUCGCGCGGAUGGACGGCUAG